UCUGUAAAAACCGCUGGGGCCGAGUGGUAAUGUAGCAGAGCGGUAGGAUCCCUGUCGAGUUAGCCACAAUGAAACACUGGGUUUCCGGUGAAAUUCAAAAAUCGGAAUAUCUGUUUACACGCAUAUUGAAAGUCCACUGUGUAAUGAGGCAUAAAAUUUAAGAUACGGACCACUAGUUGACAGUAUUUUUUUAAGUAAGCGAAAACGCGCUUCUAAUAUACCGGUGUUCAUCGCACACGUGAAAGGCCACGCAUUUUUUGCUUGCCUGGCUGUGGGAACGAGUGAAGGCGGUCUCCUCGUUCAAAACUGUCGGCAGAAAUGAAGAGCCAACAGAAAAGCCCUGAACCUGAUGGGAGUGUUACCAUCAACGAAGAAGGGUCCGUAGCCACUGCAGAGGAUCCAGCAGCUAUUGCCACCAUUCAAUCUGCAGCCACCUUUACUGACCAACCCAUCAAAUAUCUCUUCAAGACAGAAGGAGCAGGCGGGCAGGUGACAUACAGAGUGAUCCAGGUGUCAGAUGGCCAGUUGGAGGCUCAGACAGAUGGAGCUGCGGCAGUCAGCCUGGUCGCCGGUUUCCCUGCAACUAGUCAGACCGUCACACAGGCUGUGUUCUCCCAGUCAGAGGGUUUGGAGGGAGACGGCAGCACUGAGACACAGUACACGUACUACCCCGCCACCAUCGCAGACGCCACAACUGGCACCAUGGUGACCACAGUGCAGGCCUCUGACACACUGCUGGGCCAGACCACACCCACAGGGCAGCUCUAUGUGAUGAUGUCACCCCAGGAAGUUUUGACAGGAUCCAAUCAAAGGACAAUCGCACCUCGUACUCAGCCAUACAUAGCAAAGCAAGAGGCUCCUCGGGCUUCCAGAGAUGAGAAACGGCGAGCCCAGCACAACGAAGUUGAGCGCCGGCGGAGGGACAAAAUCAACAACUGGAUUGUGCAGCUGUCGAAGGCCAUCCCAGACUGUAAUGUUGACUAUACCAAGACAGGACAGAGUAAAGGGGGAAUCUUGUCCAAAGCCUGUGAGUACAUCAAGGAACUCAGGCAGAGCAACCUGAAGCUGGGUGAAGACAUCAGCACUCUUGAUCGUCUCAGGAUUGACAACCAGCUACUCAGACAGGAGGUGGAAGACUGGAAGUCCAAGAAUCAGAUCCUGAGGAACCUGCUGCGACAGCAUGGUAUUGUGGGAUCAUCCAGCACAGACCCCCAGUGAGAAGCCUGUUGCCAACGGGUGUUUGAAGACAACCACAUAUGGGCCAAAAGAGUACUUGAAACACUUGGAGAUACUUAAUUUGUGAUUGUGUGUGCAUGUAAUAGGGGAAAAUGAUUGAAUAUUGUCAUUAAUAUUCAAAUCCAGCUUCUUUGCAAAAUGACAACCUUAAAUAUUAUCUUUGAAGCUUUUUACAAAAUUGAAAUCCUUUGCCUGGUGAAUUCAACCCAAUUGUAAAAACACAGUGUAUCUGAAAAGAGAGGAAAAAAAAUCAACAUCGCCUUCAGUUUGAGAAUAUCAGUUUAGCAAAGCCCUCAUUGGAUGCCUUCCUCUACAAACAUUGAUUGUUCGUUAACCUCCAGUACAGUAAGCUCUAAAACAUGACCAACUUCUAAUGUUGUUUUCUUUUUCUUAAUCUCUGCAGUACUGCACUUCUCUGUAUCAAAUGCACUCAUGUUAAUUUCUCCGAAAAACAUUGUAUUCAUGCUUUGACUUGUGUUCUUCUUUUAUCAAUAUCACUCUGACCAGUUGAUACCAAGUUUUCAUUUUCAGUUUAUAGUUAAGUUCUUUUUGCUCUGUAUUUUUGUAUGUUGUUUCAUGAAACCUCACUGGGGACAAUAAUUACAUUGCAACAAUGUAACUAAGUAAAUAAACAGGGGUUGUAAGCAUUGGUAGGUUAUGUAUGUCUUUCUAAUAAAAAAAAAAUCAAAUAAUA